GGCCUCAGCCUUAUACAAACAACCACAUCCAUACAUGUGUGUCUGGCCAUGCAUAGUGAUUAGAGAAGAUUUAAACUAAACGGUAAAGACACUGGGGCUCAUCGCGUGCAGGAAGCUGAAUCAAUCUCCAUUCUCCAUCUCCUCUGCAACUCAAUGGAGGGGAAAGAGUGUGGAAAUGGAGUCCAAAAAGUCGGUAUGAGGGCAAUGGAUGCUGAAGAACUCAGGGAGCACGGUCACAGGAUGGUGGAUUUCAUUUCUGAUUAUUACAAAGAGAUUGAGAGUUACCCUGUGCGGAGCCAAGUUCAGCCUGGUUACUUACGAAACCUUAUACCAGAUUCAGCCCCCGAUAUGCCUGAAUCGUUUGAAAGCAUUCUUGAAGAUAUUCGACACAAGAUUAUUCCUGGUGUCACUCAUUGGCAAAGCCCAAAGUAUUUUGCUUAUUAUCCAUCGAAUAGCAGCACAGCUGGUUUUCUUGGGGAAAUGCUUAGUGCUGGUUUUAACAUUGUGGGGUUUAGUUGGGUGACUUCCCCUGCUGCAACUGAAUUGGAAGUGAUAGUCUUGGAUUGGCUUGCAAAAGUCUUGAAGCUACCUGAACAGUUUCUUUCAACAGGGAAAGGUGGUGGUGUGAUCCAGGGGACAGCAAGUGAAGCCAUGUUAGUUGCAUUAUUGGCUGCACGAGACAAGGCGUUAAGGAGAGUUGGCCAAAAUUUAUUGGAGAACCUUGUGGUUUAUGGAUCAGAUCAAACACAUUCUGCUUUAAUAAAGGCUUGUAAGAUAGCAGGAAUCAAUCCAAUGAAUUGUAGGCUAUUGCAAGCAACUUUCAUGACAAAUUAUGCCCUUUCUCCUGAGGUUGCCUCUGAGUCCAUCAGUAAUGACAUUGCAGCUGGCUUGCUUCCUAUUUUUCUUUGUGCAACGGUUGGUACUACCUCUUCUACAGCAGUGGAUCCCUUGGCUGCACUGGGAAGGCUCGCUAAGGCCAAUGACAUGUGGUUUCACAUAGAUGCUGCAUAUGCUGGUAGUGCUUGCAUAUGUCCGGAAUAUCGGCAUUACAUUGAUGGUGUUGAGGAAGCAGAUUCAUUCAAUAUGAAUCCCCAUAAAUGGCUCCUUACAAAUUUUGACUGCUCAACACUAUGGGUGAAGGAUUCAAGUAAUUUAAUCCAAUCUUUGUCUACGAAUCCAGAGUUUCUGAGAAAUAAGGCUUCAGAGGAAGAUUUGGUUGUGGAUUAUAAGGAUUGGCAAAUCCCUCUUGGAAGACGGUUUAGAUCUUUGAAGCUAUGGAUGGUCUUGCGUAUGUAUGGAGUUGCAAACUUGCAAAACCACAUAAGAACUCAUAUCAAUUUGGCUAAACAUUUUGAGGAACUUAUUGCCACUGAUACAAGGUUUGAGAUUAUUGUGCCUAGGGUUUUUGCACUUGUAUGCUUUGCCCUUAAACCUAUGCCUAAUGGACAAGAUGAUGCCUCAAAACUAAAUUUAAAGCUAUUGGAGGCUGUGAAUAACAGUGGUGCUAUGUUUUUAACCCAUACGGUGCUAUCGGGUAGAUUUGUACUGCGUUUUGUAGUGGGAGCGCCACUAACAGAGGAGAGGCAUGUCAACACAGCAUGGAAGGUGUUGCAAGACCAUGCUAACCUCAUCUUGGGGACAGUGUAAAGUAAGAAUCCUAUGCAUGCUGUGUGUGAUUGGAGAGAGAGAGAGAGAGAGAGAGAGAGAGAGAGAGAGAGAGAGAGAUGGCGUUGGAACAUAUUAUUUAUUUUAAUCUUCACAGAGGACCAUUUUGUUAAAGUAUUCUUUUAACACUUGGAUUCUUUUUAUGAUAGUGAAAUUUGUUUAUUGCAUUACAUUCAAUGGCUUGGAACAUAAUGUUAUUUUCUUCUUUCA